UUUUGCGGAAGACGUGAAGACAAAUCCGACACUGACGAGGAUGCAGCUGGCUCGUAACUGUCCCUCUGUGUCCCUCAAGAAUUCAGUUUAAGGACUUUAUUUGUCGAACUCUCUAGUAACGUUAGAUGUUUCAAACGGGCAGAGAGUUUGAGAUUUAUGGGACACUACGAUAGCUGAGAGCUAGUUCGUGUAACUAGUGAGUUAGUCCUCAUCAUGCUGCUCGAGCUGUUUCUUCUCAUCUCGGCAUCAUGUUGUAUCGGAGAGUCAAAGAGGAGGAAUGUACUCCUCAUUAUUGCCGAUGAUGCAGGUUUUGAGACUGACGUGUACAACAAUUCUGUGGUGCACACCCCUCACCUGCGCUCUCUGGCCCAGCGCAGCCUGGUGUUCAGCAACGCCUUCACCUCCGUCAGCAGCUGUUCCCCCAGCCGCUCCACCAUCCUCACCGGACUCCCGCAGCACCAGAACGGCAUGUACGGGCUUCACCAGGGUGUUCACAACUUCAACUCGUUUGACGGAGUGCAAAGUCUGCCCCUGCUCCUCAGCCGAGCCAACGUACACACGGGUAUAAUUGGGAAGAAGCAUGUCGGCCCUGGAUCUGUAUACCCUUUUGAUUUUGCAUACACGGAGGAGAACAAUUCUGUCCUCCAGGUGGGGAGGAACAUCACCCGCAUCAAACUCCUGGUCCGCAAGUUUUUCAAGACACAUGACGAAAAGGCUUUUGAACAAAGGCGAAUGAAAGAAGAGAAUAAAGACGUUACGAAAGACGACGAGAGGCCCUUUUUCCUGUACGUUGCCUUUCAUGAUACCCACAGGUGUGGACACUCGCAGCCCCAGUAUGGAGCGUUCUGUGAGAAGUUUGGGAACGGGGAAAAGGGGAUGGGUAGGAUACCAGACUGGACACCCGAAUAUUACACACCAGAACAAGUAAAGGUUCCUCCUUUUGUGCCGGACACUCCCGUGGCACGAGCUGACUUGGCUGCGCAGUACACCACGGUCAGCCGGCUGGACCAAGGUAUCGGUUUGGUUCUUCAGGAGCUCAAAGACGCUGGUUAUGAGAACGACACCCUGGUCAUCUACAGCUCAGAUAACGGCAUCCCCUUCCCAAACGGCAGAACCAACCUGUACAGAUCUGGGACUGCAGAGCCCAUGUUGGUGUCCUCUCCCGAGCACAGGGGCCGAUGGGGAGACACCAGCCAGGCCUACGUGAGCCUGCUGGACAUCACUCCCACCAUUCUGGACUGGCUCUCCAUUCCGUACCCGACCUACAGCCUCCCCGGCGGCCCCGCCACCCCGGUCCACCUCACCGGUCGCUCCUUGCUGCCGGCGCUGGUCACCGAGCCCCACAGCUGGCACACGGUCUACAGCAGCCAGUCCCUCCACGAGGUGACCAUGUACUACCCGACCCGCUCGGUCCACCAGGGGUCGUACCACCUGCUCCACAACCUUCACUACCGCAUGCCCUUCCCCAUCGACCAGGACCUGUACGUGUCACCCACCUUCCAGGACCUGCUGAACCGCACGAGGCUGAGCGAGGCCACUCACUGGUUCAAAAGCCUGCAGCAGUAUUACUACAGAGAGCGCUGGGAGCUGUUUGACAGCAGGACCGACCCGCUGGAAUCGAGGAACCUGGUGUCAGACCCGUCCUACAGCGCGGUGCUGGAGAGCCUGAGGCAGAGUCUGCAGAAGUGGCAGUGGGACACAGGGGACCCCUGGGUCUGUGGACCGGACUACGUCCUGGAGGACAAACUAGAGCCGCACUGCAGACCGCUCUACAACAGACUCUGAUGAACUCUAAUGGACACUAAUGGUACUCUUAGUCAUCUGGAUUGACAUGAUGUCUGUGGUUUUAAUUAAAUAGCCCAUAAUUUCUUUAUCAGCGCUGCUUUAAAUGAUCAAACCUUUGCUUUUACAAAACUGGAAUUGCAUUAAUUCCUAACAUUGUUUUUGGUAAAGCUUUAUUAUUCCUCAAGAUAAUUUCAUCAUCAAGUCCUUCUUAUCCGUCUCAAUUUGUUCUAAGGAACAUUUUCCCCUCUUCCAGACCCCUCCAUCAUAACCACGUUGCUCUUUCGUACGAGGGCAACAUGGUUACACAAUAUAUAAGUAAUUCAAACAAUAUAGAUGCAUCCCUCUUUGUUUUUAGUCCCCAUCACUCCUGUGUUGCUGAUACGCAGGCGGUAGAGCUCAUGACACACUGCUGGUGAAGUCAGCAAAUCAAUAAGGAAAAGGGUUUCUAUUGAUUCCUCAGAAGAUUCCUCACUUUGAAGUAAGAAUUAUUCUCAAUCCAUCCAUGUAGAAAGCUGGUGGGACGGAAUAUAAUUUGGUUUAGUCGAUCAUUCACUUGUGUUUAUUGAUCUCCUUUUUUAUUCUUCUAAUGUUCCCCUUUUCCCUGAUGGUGAGGUCCCCUGAAGCCACACACAGUGAUUCUAUGUUGUUGUUGUUGUGCCCUGUUGUUGUGUGCUGUGGGUAAACACCAGAACCUUUCUAACGGCUAUUACGCACUUUGCACCCAGAGGAAUUGAAUCAAAUCCAAAAAUGUUAUGAACAUUGUGUCUGAAAUGAAACAGUCUGCCUUCUUUAACUUUAUGACUUGUGUUGCUGCUUUUAGACAUCGGGGUAGUUUUUCACAUAGUGAGACAAACUCCCUCCUCAGUCAUCUAAUAAAACAUUCCCAUCUUUCAGAUGA